CAGCAAUAUUUUUUCAUUUCCCAAUUCUCAAAAGAGAAACAUUAGAGAAAAAAGAAAUUGGAAAAGACGGCAACAAAGACAAUGUUGAAUGUGAAUACCAUGUCUUCUCUAUCAAACACAAAGCUUCCAUUUCAAUAUCUUCAUUGUUACAAUAAACAUUCCUGCAAGUGUUUUAAGGCGUUAACAAUAACACCCAGGAAAUCAGAGCUGCAACUGCAAAUAAGACCAUCAUCUUCUUCUUCAUCUGCGGCUGCUCCUGAUGUUAACCUCAACUCUCUUGAAUUCGCCAUUUCCAAGAAAGACAGUGAUGCCGUGAAAGAGGCACUUGAUCAGCUUACUGAAACUGGAUGGGCCAAGAAAUGGAGUUCGCAGCCGUAUGUCUCUCGUCGUACGACAUCUCUUCGGGAGUUGACCAGCCUCGGUAUUAAAAAUGCAGAAAAUCUUGCAAUUCCAAGUGUUCGAAAUGAUGCAGCAUUCCUUUUCACAGUAGUUGGGACAACAGGGUUUUUGGGAGUUCUUGCUGGCCAGCUUCCUGGGGAUUGGGGCUUCUUUGUACCAUAUUUAAUCGGGAGCAUUUCAUUGAUAGUGUUGGCAGUGGGGAGCAUUUCGCCUGGGCUUCUUCAAGCUGCCAUUGGAGGCUUUUCCACAUUCUUCCCUGAUUACCAAGAAAGGAUUGCUAGGCAUGAAGCUGCUCAUUUUUUAAUUGGCUAUUUGUUGGGUCUUCCUAUCCUGGGGUAUUCACUAGAUAUUGGUAAUGAACACGUCAAUCUCAUUGAUGAAAAGCUGGAAAAGCUUAUAUAUAGCGGACAGCUUGAUGCUAAGCAGCUCGACAGGUUGGCAGUGGUUGCAAUGGCUGGACUUGCAGCAGAGGGUUUGAAAUAUGACAAAGUGGUGGGUCAAUCAGCUGAUCUUUUCACUCUCCAGAGAUUCAUAAACAGGAGCCAACCAAAACUCAGCAAUGAUCAGCAGCAAAAUUUAACUAGAUGGGCAGUUCUGUUUGCUGGAUCCCUGUUGAAAAACAACAAGGAGAUCCAUGAAGCCUUGAUGUUGGCAAUGUCGAAGAAAUCCACUGUAUUGGAAUGCAUCCAAGCAAUUGAGAACGCUGCAUAGGUUUUACCUUGCAGUUCCCUAUAGUACUUUGCUUUCAAGUACCCAAAUUUGGGGAAGAUUGAAAUUUACAUCAGCACUUAAGCUGCUGCUGAAUUUUCUUCUGGUUUUCUUUCUUAUUAAUUUCAUUGUCAAUACCCAGAAUCUUGAUAAUCAAUUUAUAUGCCCCAAAA